AUGGAAGACGAUCCAUUUAUUAAACAUUACACCUACGAUUUAUCACCCGAAUUAAUUACUUGUUUAAACGAUAAGCCUCCACUCGAAGAGAAAACUAUAUUAGAAUGGCCUGAAUUGGGUAAAAUAAUAUUUAAAAAACCAAAAUUAACUGUGAUAAACAACUAUUUAAUUAAACCAUUAGAAGAAACACAAUCAUUUGCUGAACUACCUAGUGUACCUGUUAUUGUUGAUAAUAUUAAUAAAUUUGUUUUACAUGAACGAUUAACAUCAACUGUUAAAAACCACGUCAGUCAAUUUGAAUUAGAAGUACUGUCGAUUAUAACCAAUUAUCAUGAUUUCGAUUACUCUGAAAGGAAUUUUGAUAAUGCAGAAUAUCUGCGAUAUUGUUAUUGUUUACAUGCUAUCAAUCAUGUUCUUAAAAGUCGAAAAAUUGUUCUAGCAAAUGAUAUUAAAAAGAAUAGUAAUGAAGAUGAAUUGCGAGAUCAGGGUCUCACCAGACCUAAAGUAAUAAUUUUAGUUCCAUUUAAAGAUUCAGCGUAUCGAAUAAUAAACAUGAUGAUUAAUUUUAUGUCGCGUAGUGAAAAUUUCAACGUAGUGCACAAAAAUCGAUUUUUAGAAGAAUUUACUGGUGAAGAAUUGGCAAUGCCAAAAAAAAAUCCUAAACCAGAAGACUAUGAGAAAACUUUUGCGGGCAACAUUGAUGAUGCAUUUAGAAUUGGUAUGGCAGUAACCAAAAGUAGUUUAAAAUUAUAUGAAGACUUUUAUACCUCUGACAUAAUAAUUGCAUCACCACUUGGUCUACGUAUGAUUAUUGGUGCAGAAGGAGAAUCAUCUAGAGAUUAUGACUUCUUGUCAUCAGUGGAAAUAUUGAUAUUUGAUCAAGCUGAAAUAUUUUUAAUGCAAAAUUGGGACCAUGUAUUACACAUCAUGAAUCAUUUUAAUAUUCAGCCAAAAGAAGCACACGGUACAGAUUUACAACGAGUACGCAGUUGGUCAAUUAAUGGUUUAUCAAAACAUUAUAGACAGACAAUAAUGAUUUCGUCUUGCAAGUUACCUAAUUUAAUAGCUAUUCUUAAAAAUAGAUGUUUAAAUUAUGGAGGUUCUGUCAGUGUAGUUAAUCCAAUUGUAACAGGUACUAUAAGCCAUGUUGUUUGCAGACUUCAACAAUUUUACCAUAAAAUAAUUACAAAAACUCCUACUGAAUCCAUUACACAAAGAUUUCAAUACUUUACAAAUAAAGUUCUAACACAAAUUCGAGCUUCAAAUGAAAAACAUGUAAUGAUUUACGUACCUUCAUAUUUUGAUUUUGUGUGUAUCAGAAAUUAUUUUAAAACAGAAGAUUACAGCUUUGUACAAAUUAGUGAAUACACCAAACCAGGUAAAGUUGCCAGAGCCAGAGAUUUAUUUUAUCAUGGAGAAUGUCAAAUUUUGCUUUACUCUGAACGUUAUCAUUUUUAUAAUAGAACUAGAAUCCGUGGUAUUCAAAAUAUUGUUUUUUAUCAACUUCCAACAAUUGCAGGGUUUUACAGUGAGCUUUGUAAUUCAAUCGUAGAGAACGAUAGUAUUAAUCAAACUAUUACAGCACUCUAUUCUAACUAUGAUUCAUGUAUGUUAACUUCAAUAGUUGGUACUCAACGAGCAAAAUAUAUGUUAUCUUCAGAACAAAAAAUACACAUGUUUCAUUCAGGCACAUAA